AUGUCAUGGCGGAUCCAAACCUUGCCUGAUUCCCAGUCGAACCCGACCGGCGCGGCGAAGAAGGCAAAGUCCAAGUCCAAGACGUCAGAUGGACGUGGCGCGAUCAAGAGGCUCAUCAAGGAGCUGGACGUAUGGCGGGAUGAGCAGAAGGACGAGCGGGGGAUUGAAAGGCUGGGCCCCGUCGAUGACGAGAACCUCCUCACAUGGGAGGCUGUAAUAAACGGCCGGGGGGUUGGAAACGGCUAUGAUGAGGGCCGAUGGCUCCUCGCCAUCCAGAUCCCGCAAGACUAUCCUCUCCGACCCCCGACGAUACGCUUCGUGACACCCGUCGUGCACGCUAACAUUGCGCUGCAGACGGGUGAGAUCUGCCUCGACCUGCUCAAGGACGCCUGGACGCCGGCCUACAGUGUCCUCGAGAGCGUGCGCGCCGUGCGCACGCUGCUGGCGUACCCGGAGACGGACUCGCCCCUCAACGUUGACGUCGCGGCGCUGCUACGCGGCGGCGACGUACUCGGUACCCGCGCCCUCGUCGAGUUCUGGUGCCGCGACGACGACGGAAGGUAUGAGGGGCCGUAG